AUGGCUGGGCUAUACCCCCUCGACACACCCGAGAGGGUCCUCAAGCGGGUGCAGGCGAUGGAGGACAUGGAACUCCCCUCCCUCCCCAGCUUCCACCAGGACGACCUCGACUACGACACCAUGAGCGACGAUUCUAGAGGCUUCAGUAAUACGCACGACAACCUCCAGUCAGAUACGGAAGAGAAUAUGGAGACACCACAUCCCUUGCGCCAGACUAUUCUUCCCUCAACAGCCUCAACGGCCUCCACAGCCAAAGCCCAUUCUCCCGCCGACUCCUACUCGACUGCCUCUGGGUCACCAUUUCCCCCAUUACAUAGCAGAUCAAGAGAUGAGACCCCUUCUCCAUACAUGCCGACCGCUGCUCUCACCUCUACACCAUCGUCUCGCCCAUCCCGCUCCCAAUCGCGCUCUUUGGCGGGCAGCACCGCAGAGAACACCAUUGACACGGCGCGUCCCAUUCGCCAUGAGCGCACUAGAAGUGGAAGUGACUCAGUUGGGACAAGUACGGGCACGAAGAGGGAGAGGUGGCAGACACCCGGGGAGAUGAGCAGGAGCUUCUCUGGAGAUGAGAUUGCAGCGUCCGAGAUUGAGACUGAGCGGUCUGAUUCGUCCAUUCAUGAUUCUCAGCAAACACAGGAACACCAAAGUGUCCCAGACCUUCCUUCGAUGAUGGUCGCAGAGGAAGAGGGCACUCCCACCACUCGUCGCCUGUCCAGCGGCAACGUGCAGCUCGAGAGGCCACACCGCCGAGGCACUACAAAUGUUACCCCGUCAUUCGAUCCCAUCCACGAAUCUGACGCGGAACGAUUCUCCUUGCCCUCGCCUCGAGAAGAGCUGGCUGCGGCGGCCCAAAUCUAUGACCAGGCGGACAUUCCCCAGCAAGAACGCAUCCCGAGUCUUUCACGUAGCGAGGUCACCGGUACCGACUACAGCGUCAAUAGCACUCCAGAGGGACCGGUUCGUAAUCACGUGUCGAUGAUGACGCCCAGACCGGAUGCUCCUGGAGAGUAUGAAGUCACAGACGAGUACAGCUUUCAUCCCGAGUCUCAUGAUGAGGGAGAGAAUCCAACACUCGACUACCAUCAAGAGUACGAAUACACCCCUCAGCAAGAGGGUGAUCCUUCUGACAUGUCAGAGGACUAUGGCACGCCAGCAAAGCAAAGCUCCCCUGUCAAACUUGCCCAGUCAUCCUCUGAACAUUCGACUCUUGGCACCGUCAGGGCCACCCCUCGAGUGGCUCGGGCCUCAGUGGCCGCCACACCUGUCGUCUUGCAGGAUAUCACGAGCUCUCGUCAAAACGCCCCCUUUACUCCCUCUCCCAACGCCACACCCAAAUCUGAUUUUGAAACUCCUCGUGCUCCACUGGACGAUGCUGAACGUAGAAAGAGCCAUGUUCUAGCUGUUCUGAACUCUGCUGUUCCCUCUUCUCGAAUGCGUCGGUCUGUUCGCGGAACACCCCAUCCCCUUCGAAGAGUGUCCACCGUUCCCGCGUCGGAGUCUAUUGCCGAAGAGAACAGUGGAAGCGACUUUUCUCCCGCUACCCAACUGGGAACGCUCAGUCGCCUCACUGAUGCGUCAGGUAACGAGUCAUUUGUCUCUGUCGCCUCAUCUGCCGAUCUCACGACAGACGCUCGGGCGUCCCGCUUCCAUCACUUAUCCCGCGCCAAUACCUCCUUUCCCAUCCUUCCCGUGGGCCCUUCCACCUCUGCAGGUUCACUCAAGGGCCUUUCGGACCGCGCUCCGAAUAGUAAGAUCCACAAACAUCUCAAUGAGAUGAACAAGCAGCUUUUGGGGACGAAUGCCGAACUGGCCCGGGAGGCUGAAGCUUGGAGAGAUGAGGUUGUGAGGUUGAGCGAGGUGUUGAAGGAGGCGGGUAUCGAAGUCGGGAAUUCGGAUGUCUUGGCAAAUGUCGGCUUGGACCGUUCUGGCUCUCGAGACGUGUCUCAGCGCUUGCCUUCUCCUCCAUGCCACCUGCCUUCUCAGAGUCCAAGCUCAAUAGAUGGCUCUGGAGUGAUCUCUCGGCCGUCUCUGCGUCAUCGACAGAGUGCCUCUCCUUCAAAGGGCUCCCAAGACUUGCUUGACGGGCUAAGCCCCGAAGAGCGAGCUGCAGUGGUGCAGGAGAUGGCCGAAAGGCUUGAGGGCUUGGAAGAAGACCUCAUGGCUAGAGAACAGGUCAUUGUGGACCUAAGAGCCCAGAUGGACUCUGCCCAACAGUCAAACUCUCCUGACGUUCACGUUUUACAGAGCCGGAUCGACGAUCUCGCCCUGCAACUUGAACAAACUGAGCAAGCUCGCAUGGACCUCCAGACGCAGUUUUCCACAAAAACAGAAGAGCACGCUCUCAAAUUCGGCGAGAUCUGUUCGGACUUUGAGGGUCAGGUCCAAUCUUUGGAGAAAGACUUGGCUUUUGCCCGAGCAGAAGCUGAACGCUUGAAGUCGGAACGAGAACGCCUGGAGAGUUUGACGAGUGCCCAAGGCUCAGGUGCAAGGGAGGAGGAGCUACUGAAGCAGGUCAGAGAUAUGGAAGUGGAGUUGGAGGUCGUGCGAGGUGAUGUCAGGAGAAGGGAUAACGAGAUUGCGACCCUUCAAAACCGGGCGAACAGCGCUCGACAAGAGAAGGAAUCGGCAGACAGACACGUCUAUGACCUAGAGCGGCGAAUCGAAGAGCUUGAGCACUUGCAUCGCGACGCCGAAGUCCGGAUCAACGAAGCGGAAGCCGCUCUGGAGAGCUUGGGUGGCGAGCUCAGACAAGCUUGCAACGCUCAAGCUGAAGUGGAGAACAACCUAGCCCGGGUCAGCCAGGACCUCGACGAAGCCCAUCGCUGCAAGGAAGAACAAGUUUCGCACCUCAACGAGCAGCAACGCGAUAUGCAAGAGCUCCACGAGAUCAUCGAGAAGCUCGAGGUUGAGCUCGAAAAGGCUGAAGGAAGCGAACUUGUGAAGGAGGAGCUUGAGAGAGUACAGACCGAGCUGGAUGAUGUCCAUCAAGUGCUAGAAGAGAAGGGAAAGGAGGUAGACAGAUUGAGGGCCAAGCUUCGGGUAGCAAACCCCGUCAGCUCUCUGCAUUCUUCUCAACGAUCUCUCUCCUCUACUGCUACCGCCAAACCUCCUCUUCCAGUGGAAGAAUCGGCCGAUUCUAGUUUUGUCGUUGUCCUUGAGGAUCGACUUGACGAGGCCUAUAGAGAGAUCGGACGUCUCAAGCGCGAGAUCAACGCCACUCCUCAUCGCCAAUCCGCUGUCGACAUCCGCGAUGCCAAAAUCCAAGCUUUAGAACGCGAGAAGGCGGCACUUGGUGCCAGGUUGGCCAUAGUGAAUCAGAGCUCGACCGGGACACCAUUAGCUCAGGCCAAGAGCGAGAUGAUGGACGCUGGGUCGCCUUUCAAAAGACCUACUCCUUUCUCCCACAAGACAAUUGCUUCUUUACGAGCACCCAGGACGCCCGGCUCGUUCCACGAACCUUCAUGGCUUCAAACCACUAUCCAAUCCAACAACGAGCCUGUACUACAAGCUCAGGUGGAAUACCUGCAGCAUGAACUUCGUGAAGCCAACAAUCAGCUUGAUCACAAUUUCAGCAGACUUGAAUCCGCUGGCUUCGGUGCCGUUGAGCUGGCCGAGAAACUCGCAGCGGCAGAGCAGCGGAUAAGUGAGCUAGAGGAUGAAAUCAGGGCAUUGCGUCAGCGCAACAAGGCGUCUCUAGCGGUGGUUGGAGCGCAGCGAGAUGAGCAAGAUCGCGAGGCUGAAAGCAAGCUUCAAAAAGCUCUAGCUCAGGUACAUUUGCAGAUGGAUAAACUGAAGUCCGACAUCUCCGCCGAGCGUUCGCGAGUUCAAGGUGACAAUCGCCGCCUGCAGGAUCUAGUGUCUGAGAUGAGGUUGAAGAGUACUGCGGAAGUCGAGAGCUUCAAAUCGGAGAUGGAGAGGAUGGCCCAAAAUUCAGAGAAUGAUGUGCGCCAGGCGAGAGAAGAAGCAUUCAAGCUGGGAAGAGAAAAGGAUGAGAUGAAGCGCGAGCUCCAGGCGAUCAAGUCACAAUCCAGUCAACUGGAGCGCCAACUAUCUGACGAGAAGCGUGCCUACGACUCUCUGUCCCGAAGAAACGCGCAGACUACCAGAGACGUACCCACUGCUGUCCAGCUACAGUCAUUACUCGCUCACAAAGAAGAGUCAAUCCGAGCCCUCGAAUCUUCCCUUCACAACGCCGAAGCUACUACCCAUCACCUCCGCCAGACGUUAUCCGAGCGUGAACUCUCUCUCAAACAAGCUGAAUCACGCCUUGAAAGGUUCCGCCAAGAACGCCAGAUGGUCGCUCGCGAGCUUGGCGAGUUUGACAAAGACUUGCAGAGGCAUAAACAAGAAAGUGACGCUUUCGGUAUCGAACUUCAAGUUUUGAAAAAAGAGCAGACGGAAAAAGCAGGCAGACAUGCGGCCGAGCUCAGCGCUCUCGAGAGAGGCCUCCAAGAUGCCAAACAUCGAGAAUCAAGAAUGAGGAGGGAAUUGAUGGAUGCACAGGAAAAGCUUGAAGAGGUCGAAGGAUGGAGGCAAUCUCACGAGUGCGACACUAGAUUGUCCGAGGAUAUGGCGAAGCAGAAAGCUCGAUUCAAAUCCCAGUCCCGUGAACUCGCCGCUCAGAUCAAGUAUCUGAAAGCAAAGUACACCCGUGAAUCUGCAUUCAGGAAUGCUUUGGCACUGCAAAAAAGAUACCUGCUUUUGUUGGUUGGCGGCAAGUGUCUGAACGAGCAAGCGACUAUCCGAGCCAUUGCGAAGAUGGGCUUCCCAAUUCCAGAGCCGCCCAGGCCCAGACGAACUUUCAAGGCGGUCGCGCUUGCUGUGAUUAGCGUUAUCAGAGCAAAGAAUACUGCGCAGCGAUGGCGAUCGGAGGUUGCGCUGAAGAAUAGUACCGUUGCGACACGAAGCGAACGGAGAAAGGUGUCGGACAACAAGGGGUAG